GCUCCGCCGCACCUCCUUGCACGCCCUUCCCCGAGUAGGGCCUCCCCGUCCCCCGCCGCCCGCGCCCCCGCCUGGGCUGGGCGCGCCAUCCCCACAGCGCAGCCUGUGUAGCCUCCGCAUCCCGGUCCCCGGCCCCUUCCCUGUCGCACCGCCGCCUGAGCGGUCGCCGCCCGUUCCGCCGUUCCUCCGCUGCCACCGCUGCCAGCACCAUGGGCAGUGAGCAGAGCUCCGAGGCCGAGAGCCGACCCAACGAUCUGAACUCCUCAGUGGCCCCUUCUCCAGCUAAGCAUAGAGCCAAGAUGGAUGAUAUUGUGGUUGUAGCUCAGGGCUCCCAGGCCUCACGGAAUGUCAGAAAUGAUCCCGAUGUCAUCAAGUUGCAAGAGAUUCCAACCUUCCAGCCACUUUUGAAAGGGCUGUUGAGUGGCCAGACUUCUCCAACAAACGCCAGACUGGAGAAGUUGGAUUCUCAGCAGGUGCUGCAGCUCUGCCUCCGUUAUCAGGAUCACCUCCGUCAGUGUGCAGAGGCUGUUGCUUUUGAUCAGAACGCUUUGGUCAAACGAAUCAAAGAGAUGGAUCUGUCUGUAGAAACCCUCUUUAGCUUCAUGCAGGAGCGCCAGAAAAGAUACGCCAAAUACGCCGAGCAGAUCCAGAAGGUCAACGAGAUGUCGGCCAUCCUGCGCCGUAUCCAGAUGGGCAUCGACCAGACAGUGCCGCUGCUGGAGCGGCUCAACAGCCUGCUGCCCGAGGCCGAGCGCCUGGAGCCCUUCAGCAUGAAGCCCGACCGCGAGCUCAGGCUGUAGCUGCCUCCC